AUGAAUAAAAAAAUAAUUUAUGGUUUAUAUAUACUCACAGGUAUUUUUAUUAUUUUGUGUUUAAUUUUCUCUUUUUCUCAAGUAAAUGAUGACAACACUCUAAUAGAAGAAACCACUAAAAAGGAUUGGUGCGAAAGUCACCCAUUAAAGCCAAUAGCGAUCGAGUUUAGUGUUGUAGGGGAUCAUAAGAGCUUUUCUGGUGGGUGUUCAUGGAGUUGGUAUAGAAGUAUGGUUAGAAUAACAUAUUUAAUUGUUGCUAUAGUAUGCUUAAAUGGUUUAGUAUUCUCUGGUAGAAAAAAUAAAAAUUUAUUCUUUUUAUGUUUUAUAGGCGCUCUAUUCUUUUUUGGAAUAUUUGGUUUUUAUUCAUUUAUCGCAGAUGCAAAAGUAACAAAGUUUUCAUACGAAUCUUGUACUCUAUCUUUUAAAAACCCAAUCAAGACUUCAAAGGGUCUCGUAAAAUACAACUGUAUAUAUAAUAAAAUUUAUGCUACUAUAGCUUUUAAUGCUUUGUCUGCCAUUAUGAUGAUUGCCAUUUCAAUCAUAUCAAUUUUAAAUCGUAACACAUUAAUGAAUAUUAAAGCAAAUAAUAAUAAUAAUAAUGAUAACAACAAAAAUUCAAACUCAGAUUCAAAUGCAAACACUAACAAUAGUGACUCUGUAAAUACACAAAACAAAGGUUUCUUUAAACUCGAAGAGGAAGAUGGCUAUCCAAACUAUUCUCUUUCAUCAACUGCAUCAAUUUAG